GUGUGAAGAUGGCGGCGCUCAUGAUGAGAGUUGCUCCUGGUCCUUUCGCGUCUGUUCGGGUUCACCGACCCGUUCUGCACUGUGCCGCGUCCGCCCUGCUCAAAUCCGUGAGUGUGUCUGCCGCUGCCUCUCAGUCAUUACCAGAGAGGGUAAAGAUUGUGGAGGUUGGACCCAGAGAUGGACUUCAGAAUGAGAAGACCAUUGUUCCCACGGAGGUGAAGAUCCGGCUCAUUGAUAUGCUCUCAGAAGCGGGACUUCCUGUCAUUGAGGCCACUAGUUUUGUUUCACCUAAAUGGGUUCCUCAGAUGGCUGAUCAGGAGGAAGUGAUGCGUGGCCUCCACAAGAAACCUGGAGUGAAUUACCCUGUUCUGACCCCUAACCUAAAGGGAUUUCAGGCUGCUGUGAAAGCUGGUGCAAAAGAGGUGGCCAUAUUUGGAGCUGCAUCAGAGCUCUUCAGUAAAAAGAACAUCAACUGCUCGGUGGAGGAGAGUCUUGUGCGCUUUGAGGAGGUGAUGAGAGCUGCCAAACAGGAGGGCGUUUCUGUGCGAGGCUAUGUGUCCUGUGUGUUGGGGUGUCCAUAUGAAGGAAAGGUGUCACCAAGCAAAGUGGCGGAGGUUGCUAAGCGACUGUAUUCUAUGGGCUGCUAUGAGGUUUCAUUGGGUGACACCAUUGGAGUGGGCACUCCGGGCGGCAUGACGGAGAUGCUGAACGCUGUGAAGAAAGAGCUUCCUGUGGAGGCUUUAGCAGUUCACUGUCAUGACACUUAUGGACAAGCACUGGCAAACAUACUUGUGGCAUUACAGAAUGGGGUAAGUGUCGUGGACUCGUCUGUUGCAGGGCUUGGUGGCUGUCCGUAUGCCCAAGGGGCCUCUGGGAAUGUGGCAACUGAAGAUGUGGUCUAUAUGCUGCAUGGACUGGGAAUCCAUACUGGAGUGGAUCUGCCCAGACUGUUGGACGCCGGUUCAUUCAUCUGUCAUUCACUCAACAGAAGGACCAAUUCAAAAGUAGCUCAGGCCUCCUGCAAGCUCUGAAGUCUGCUUCUCUUCUUGGACAUCACAGUACCCUUACGGUACCAUUUUGUCACACUAACCUCUUAGCACACAGUGAAAUCUACAUCUUGCUGGAAAUAAAUCUCUCUAUACUCAGCUGAGCUGGACGUUGAGUUUAAGCACUGUGUGUAGGAGUGAAAAGACUCCUAUAUAUGAGCUUAUAUAUCCUGAAAUUCACAAUCAGACUGUUUUCAUGUGCCUUGAUUACUGAUGAACUACAUAAAUGGUAACUACAGUGAACAUGUAUAGUUCUUAUAACUGAAAAUAUGUAAUGUAUUGCUGAAGCUAGAUUAAGCUAUGAUGCUCUAGCUGACAGCUCUCAUUUGACAGAGUUUUAAAAUAGUUUCUGGUUCGACUGCAUCACAUUACUAAAUUUGAUUAGUAUAACUGCUAAUGUUUCCCGUAAUAAGGCUUCACACAGUUUCAUAUCUGAUUCUUUCCAAUUCUCUUGCCUGCUAAUGCCAUUUUGACUCUUUUUGAACAGGAACUGUCAUUACCGGCAAAAGCUUUACAGUACUGGUAGUCAUAACAAACCUCGUUCAAAUGAAAAGACUCACGGAACUUAAGAUAACAACAUAGUGGGAAAUUAUGAAAAUUGGCGAUGGUUUCUUGCUCCAGGAACAAUUCAUAGCGGGGAAAUCCUUUUUCAUAAGUGUGUGUGUGUGUGUGUUACAGGAAGAAAUAAAAAAAGAUUUUUAGAA